GUUGAUGAAACGAGUGACGAUUAAUUUCCGAAGCCGGUCGCGGAAAGUAAAACACAUUUUACAUUUCCAUUUACGAGAGAGCAAUACGGCAGGAUUGGAUUGGCUAAAUUUUAUUUGUGGGGAAAUGCCGUAAAUGAAAAGAUGCUCAAUGUAAGACACUACGCCGCCACCUCUCUACUCAUAUCUUUAAUAGUAUGUGUGAGCAGUGAUUGUCCAUUUCCAGAAAAACACUUAGCAAACGGUCGGUAUCAUUAUUCACCAGAGUUACCUGGACAUUUCGGUAGAGUUCCAGAAUACUAUCUUUUAAUUUUCGAAUGCUUUCCUGGGUUCAUUAUGAGAGGAUCCAGCACCAUUAAAUGCGUCAAUGGAAAAUGGACGGACGAGGUUCCAACAUGUUUGAACUGCCCGUUUCCAGAAAAAAAAUUAGCAAAUGGUCGGUAUCUUUAUGCACCACAAGCUCCCGUAUAUCGCAGAAUAGUUCCAGAAAAUUAUCCAUUAUUUUUCGAAUGCUUCCCAGGAUUCAUUAUGAGAGGAUCCAGUGCCAUUACUUGCAUCGGAGGAAAAUGGACAGACGAGAUUCCGAGUUGUUUGAAUUGUCCAUUUCCAAAGAAGAAUUUAGCAAAUGGUCAGUAUAUUUAUGAAUUACCCAAGCAUGCAAAUUGGACAAUAGCUCCAGAAAAUUAUAGGCUAAGAUUUCGAUGCUCCCCGGGAUUCACUAUGAGAGGGUCCAGUGUCGUUACAUGCAUUGGCGGCAAGUGGACGGAUGAGGUUCCUAGUUGCUUGAACUGUCCACUUCCAAAAAACAAUUUAGCAAAUGGUCGGUAUAUUUAUGAAUCCCCCCAUCAUGUGAAUUUGAAAAUAGCUCCAGAAUAUUAUGGCUUACGAUUCGUGUGCCCUCCAGGAUCAAUCAUUAUAGGAUCCAAUAUCAUUACCUGUAUCGGUGGCAAAUGGACACCCGAGGCUCCAAUUUGUUUGAAAAUGAGCUGUAUGUAUCCUCCAAAUAUAGCAAACGCCAGCUAUACAUUAAGCAGCAAUGCAAACAAUUCUCAUAGUAUAGGAACCGCAGCAACUUACACGUGUGAUAGUGGAUACGAACUUGAAAAUUCUGCAGAUUCUGUCCUCACCUGCACUUUCAACUCGGAUAUCAAUCAAGUGCAGUGGGAAGGUAUAAUGCCGAAGUGUAUCGAAAGGAAAUGUAGGCAUCCACCAAGUAUUCCAAACGCCAGCUAUAAGCUGCACAGUGGCGCAAACAAUCCUCUAACUAUUGGAACCAUAGCAACUUACACGUGCGAUCGUGGAUACGAGCUAAAAAACUUCACCAAUCCUGUUCUCAUCUGCACUUUUUAUUCAGACAUCAAUAAAGUGCAAUGGAAAGGAGUAGUGCCUAGUUGCAUAGAAAAAAUGGAAAUGAAAUGUAAUAAUCCUCCAAGUAUUCCAAACGCCAAAUAUACGUUGCACGGCAACACAAGCAAUCCUCUUAGUAUUGGAACCACAGCAACUUACGCUUGCGUUCGUGGAUACCAACUAAAAAAGUCGAAAAAUGCUGCACUCACCUGCACUUUCUACUCAGACAUCAAUAAAGUGAAAUGGGCAGGAAUAAAACCAAGGUGCAUUGGAAUGGAAUGUGAGUAUCCUCCAAGUAUUCCAAACGCCAGCUAUAAAUUGCGCAGCAGAGCAAUCAACCCUUUAAUUAUUGGAGCCACGGCAACUUACACUUGCGAUCGUGGAUACCAGCUUCAAAAUUCUACAGAUUCUGUCCUGACCUGUAUUUUCAACUUGAGCAUCAAUAAAACAGAAUGGAAAGGAGUAACCCCGAGGUGCCUUGAAAGCUGUCUGAAUCCUGGUGUUUCACCGGAUGGAACAAAAAGUGAAAAUUGCUGUUUCAUUGGGGUUGUCCUAGAAUUUUCAUGCAACUAUGGGUUUGAACUCGUUGGGAGAAACAAGAUAGAAUGCCUACCGGGUCGGAAUUGGAGUGCGCUGAGACCUCUUUGCAAACCUGACGGAGACCAUUGUGGACUUCCUCCAACCAUUCCCCAUGGGGAUAUCGUUGGUGACAAAAAGGGUGACUACUACCUCCCUUACGACGAGGUGGAAAUUGUUUGCCAGCCCGGCUACCGCUACAGCGGAUCCACGAAUUUUAUAAUGUGCGAAGAGGAAACCGGUUGGGAGAAUGAGUUUGAAGAAUGCGUAGAAUCCUUCUGCGAACCUCCAGAACCCUUAGCACACGGAACUAUCCCAGAAAUUGAAUCGAGUAACCUGACAGUAUAUCCUUUCCAAUUUGAGAUAACCUAUAUCUGUGAGGAAGGAUUCAGACUUAUUGGAAAUAGUUGGAGAUUCUGUGACAGUAGAGGGUGGUCUGGAAAAUCUCCAAUUUGUGAAGCAAUUUCUUGUCCUGAUCCUGAAUUCCCUGAAUAUGGUACAAGAAUAGGAAAUUCCUUCGAAAUUGGCGACAAAGUGGAAUUCAAAUGCUUCACUGGUUACGAGCUCAUUGGAUCAUCCGAAAGGUAUUGCAUGCCAAAUGGAGAAUGGAGCAACGAAUUGGCGAGAUGUGACCAUCCAAGUAACUACUGUCCUAAUCCUGGGAUCCCUGUGAGUGGAACGAAGAACAGUAACAACUAUGACAUGGGAGCCAGAGUAACUUUCGGCUGCUUCCCUGGGUAUACUUUAAUAGGAUCAGAAAUCAGAGAGUGCUUACCCAACAGAGAGUGGUCUGGAGAAGAAGCAAAAUGUCUUGGUCCUUAUUAUUUUGACAACAGUGCAAAAGUCAGAGAUAUUUUAAUACAUACAGUAGCCGAAAAGGAAGCAGAGCAGAAACAAGGACUGGAGAAAUUUCGUAAAGAUCUGUUAGAAACUUGGCGCAAUGGGACCGAGAUCGGGCCGUCAUCCCGGGCGUUAUUCAUCCCUUACCGUAAAAGAAACAUAUUUUACUUCGUCUUCGACGUUUCUGGAAGCGUUGGAGAAAGCAAUUUUAGAAAAAGCAUCGAUUUUGCAAAGGGUGUUGUUCGAAAAAUAGGUAUUUCAAUCUACGGCGCAAGAGUUGGAGCAUUGACUUUUAAUUCUAAGGCAAAAGUUGAAUUUUCACCCCUUGAUUAUGAAACAACAGAAGAGGUCCUAGCUGCUUUCGACAGAUUGAAUUUUACAGGUGGAGGAACUGAUGCAAAUACAGCCUUAGCUCUCAUACGAUAUGAAUUGAUUCCUCUAACUAACGCAUUCUUUGAGAAAAAAGGGCUGAAAUCCAUCAUUUUUAUCCUUACAGAUGGGAAAGGACACCUAGGAGAUAAUGCAAAAGAGGAAGCAGAUCUUCUCAAGCAAGAUGGUGUAGAAAUCUACUGGAUUGCAGUCGCAAAUUCAGUUCUUCAGAAUUCCCUGUAUAAAGUAGCAUCAGAUCCUAAAGACGAGCAUGUGUUCAUUCUGCAGAAUUAUGCUAGACUGUCUGACUUGGUAAAAGAAAUCACUAAUGAAACCAUCGUGAAUGGAGGCUGGAGUGAGUGGAGCAAGUGGGACUCGUGCUCCACGGGAUGUGGAGAAGGCACCACAAACCGAUACAGAUCCUGCAACAACCCCAUUCCCAGGAAUGGAGGAAAAUCCUGCGAAGGUUACUCCAAAGAAACGAAAAUAUGCUUCUCCGGCGAAGAAUGUCCUGAAAAGAAAUGCGAGGAUCCUCCGACAGUUCCAAAAGCCAGUUAUGAAUUGCACAGUGGCGCAAACGAACUUUUCACUAUUGGGACCACAGCAACUUACAUAUGCGAUCCUGGAUUCGAACUUGAAAACUCCACAGAUUCUGUCCUCACCUGCACUCUCAACUCGGUCACUAAUACUACACAGUGGAAAGGGGAAAUGCCGGCGUGCAUUGUUCUAAGAUGUGGUCUGCGCGCUGGUAAGAAAAUCGGUAGCGGGAAAAUCGUUGGUGGUCGAAUAGUUAAAGAUCCUUGGCCUUGGAUGACAGCUUUGUAUAUUGUUGAUUUGCUUCCAAAAUAUAGAUGCGGUGGCUCUAUUAUACAUGAAACAUUCAUAUUAACUGCAGCUCACUGUUUAUAUAGCAAUAAUCAUUCGAAGAUAGAUGAGAAGGAAAUGUUAGUUAAAGUAGGUCUAACAGAUGUGAAAAAUCAGUCAUUCUUACAGACCCCUGAAGUAGAGAAAAUCAUCAUCCAUCCAAAAUAUCGAUCUGGACCAGCAUUUGAUUAUGAUAUCGCCUUACUACAGCUUAAAACGCCAAUUAAGUUCAAUUCCGUAGUUCGACCAAUAUGCUUGCCACCUCUAGAAUUGCCAGAUGAUACAACUUUUUAUAGACCAAGAGAAUAUCUAGUAGCUAUAGGUUGGGGUAUUUCAAGAGUCGUACGAAUUAUGGAACAUCCGCACUUUCUACCUCCUGACCGGUUAAAAGAAAUUAUUCUUCCCAUUCAAUCCCCUCAAACGUGCCGAAAGAAAGAGGGUUAUCUUUUAUUGUUACCUCAGAAUGCAUUUAGUGAGCGCAUGUUUUGCGCCGGAGAUGGAAGAGGUGGUAAUGAUACUUGCCCAGGCGACAGUGGAGGACCAGCGAUGCAGUCCCAGUUGGAUGAAAAUGGUCGUAUCUACUGGACUCAAGUUGGAAUCGUCAGUUGGGGUAUAGGAUGUGGACUAGCAAACACUUACGGAUACUAUACGCAUGUUCAAAAGUUGAUGGAUUGGGUGAUCAGCAACAUUCCCCAAGAAAACUCAAGCGUGCAAUAAAAAACUUAUAGUGAUUGAAUAUCAUCCUCACUUUUAUUUCUGAGUCAAUUAAUGAACAUCUUUGAACUGAUAAGUAUGAGGGUUGCCCAAGUGAAAAGUGGACACUUGAGAUCGCGUCAGAAUGACAGCAGCUAUAACAGCACAACUGAAAAGGGAUAUAAAGGGCUGUAGGGUUGUGUACACUGCAUACGGCGUUCAACAGUGAAAGCUGUUCGUGGUAGAGGAAAUUCAUCGAAAAUAAAAUCGUACUAUACGUGGAUCACAGAUCGAAACAAUGCACAGUAGUACAGUUUCUGAGUCUUCUAUUUCUAUGGACCACACAUGAUGCUUUCUGCCCCAAAGGAGCACUAUCAAUUAAACACAUUAUUACAGCACUCUGACGAAACUAUGGAAAGCAAUCAAACGCCAGGGCUUCUCACACAACAAGUGACACUUCUCCAUGCCCACCCACACGUAUCCCGUGAAAUCCAGAUGACCUUAAAAAAAUUCCGUUGGGAAAUGUUGGAACAAUCCGGAUUUGUUACCCUGUGACUUCCACAUCUUUGAGCCACUUAAGAGAUUACAUGGGACAGAUUUCCAUCCAGGCGACGAAGUGAAGGAAGCAGUACAGAACAUCUUCAAGAAUCAAUCGUCAUUUUU